ACCAAGUUGAAUUAAAGCUUAUAUGGAAGGAGGGUCAAGCUCAAAAACCCUAGAAAAGGUCGACAUGCAAAAAGGUCGGCAGAAACCUGGCUCUUGGCAUCCGAACGUCGAGCCAUUUUUCCCAAGGACUGAUCACAACCCAAGAGAAUUGAAAUCUUGGGCCAAGAGAACUGGUUUCAAUCCCCACUUUUCAGGAGAAGCAGCUACCAGUGUCAGCGAGAGGUACCCCAUUGAGAAGAAUGACGGUGCUGGGCUUGAUUUAGAGAGAGGUCUGGAUUGGAGAGGUGAGUCUUCUCCGAAAAUUGAAAUUUAUCCGAUUUUGGGUCGUACUAGGGAGAACAGAGGAUCUGAAACUGAGCCUGUUUCUGUUCCUGGGAAUGGGAGGAAGCAUGGAAGUGAUGCUGGUAACGGUUUGAGGAACGAACCAGCGAUAGUUGAACCACAGAAGAGAAGAAAUGAGCCUAUUGUGGCUUCAAAGGAAGACGACAAGAAAGAUGGUUAUAACGGGAAUGACAUAGCAGGUGGGAGUGGGCAGGAAGCUCCAGCAAUUCCUCCAAUUGCAAAACCCAAGGAAGAUGACAACAAGACCAAUAGGGGAGUGGAAAUUGAUGUUUCUCCCGAGAUUCCAGAAACUUGUUCCGGGGGAUGGCUCAGACCAUCUGGUAUGAAGUGUGGACUCAGAGAAAACCCCGGUCCUGUCCCUCUUAUGUAUUAUGGUUUACAGCACUAUUUAUCAUUGGCCGCCUCACUUAUUUUCAUUCCCUUAGUCAUGGUACCAGCAAUGGGUGGAACAGAUAAGGAUACUGCUACUGUGAUUUCCACAAUGCUCUUGGUCUCUGGUAUUACAACAAUACUACACUCCUACUUUGGUACUCGACUUCCUUUAAUUCAAGGGGGUUCAUUCGUAUAUCUUGCUCCAGCUUUAGUUAUCAUGAACUCUCCAGAUUACCGAAAUCUUACUGAACAUAAAUUUAGGCAGAUAAUGAAGGAAUUACAAGGGGCUAUAAUUGUUGGUUCAAUUUUCCAGAGCUUCCUGGGAUACACCGGUCUCAUGUCUCUUCUUCUGAGGUUGAUAAACCCAAUUGUGGUUGCACCAACAAUUGCUGCAGUAGGUUUAGCAUUUUUUUCCUAUGGAUUUCCUCAAGCUGGUAGUUGUGUGGAAAUCAGCAUUCCCCAAAUACUUCUAGUUAUUAUUUUCAGUCUGUACCUUCAAGGGGUUUCCAUAUUUGGGCAUCGGAUAUUCCGAGUCUAUGCGGUUCCCCUUAGUGUUGCAAUCAUUUGGGCAUAUGCAUUCUUUAUGACAGCUGGUGGAGCGUACAACUACAAAGGCUGCGGCACCAACAUACCUAGUUCAAACAUCUUAUCUGAUGAAUGUAGAAAACAUGCAUUUACCAUGAAGCAUUGUCGAACAGAUGUGUCCAGUGCAUGGAUAAAUUCUGCUUGGGUUCGAGUUCCUUACCCUUUACAGUGGGGCAUUCCUACAUUCCACCUGAGGACUUCCAUUAUUAUGAUCAUUGUGUCAAUAGUUACAACAGUGGAUUCGGUUGGAACAUAUCACGCUGCAUCUUUACUAGUUAAUUCAAGGCCCCCAACACCAGGAAUUGUUAGCAGAGGAAUAGGACUGGAAGGCAUUUGUAGUAUACUGGCUGGACUGUGGGGUACGGGCAGUGGUUCAACAACAUUGACAGAGAAUUUGCAUACCAUUGACAUUACAAAAGUGGCAAGUCGGAAAGCUGUGGAACUUGGGGCAGUGUUGUUGAUUUUAAUUUCAUUUAUAGGAAAAGUGGGUGCCCUUCUAGCUUCAAUACCACAAGCUUUGGCAGCUUCUGUACUUUGUUUUGUGUGGGCUCUGAUAGUGGCAUUGGGUCUAUCGACAUUGCAGUACGUUCAAGCCGCAAGCUUUAGAAACAUAACGAUAGUUGGUGUUUCGUUGUUCCUAUCUUUAUCCAUUCCUGCAUAUUUCCAACAGUAUCAACCAGAUUCCAGCUUUAUACUGCCAAGUUAUUUUGUUCCUUAUGCAGCAGCAUCUGAUGGACCGGUUCACACUGGCAGUAGAGAACUCGAUUUUGCUAUAAAUGGUCUUCUGUCCCUUAACAUGGUGGUGGCAUUCUUGGUGGCGUUUAUACUGGACAACACUGUUCCUGGCAAUCAGAAAGAACGGGGAGUGUACAUGUGGUCAAGUGCCGAAGAUCUGGCAAACGACUCAUCUCUCCUUGCAGAUUAUUCCCUUCCAAGAAAAGUUGGCCAGUUUUUUGCUUGGGCAAAAUGUGUUCGUGCAUGACAUGUCCUGACAUUUAGCACUUAGCAGUGGCCAGUAUUUGUGUUUUUGGUGAAAUUGCCACUGUUUACAUCAAGUAUUGGAGAGGGUAUACUUAUCCUCAUUUGUUACACUGUACUGAAUAAAGGAACGAUUUGGUGUUCCUUUCCUACAUGUAAGAUAAAAAUGGGUGUUCACAUUAAAUGGUCAAACACAAAUUCUUUUGGAG